CUCACCCAUACACUUCUCCUUGUCUUUUUUAACGGAGCGAUCAAAAGAAGCAAGCGCCGACUGAGACGGUGACAGGAGUCUGUUUUCAUGUUCGGGAUUCAAGACAGCAUUCAAAGGAGCGGGAGUAGUAUGAAAGAGGAGCCCAUCGGUGCCGGGAUGAACGCUGUCCGGACAUGGAUGCAGGGUGCCGGAGUGUUGGAUGCGAACACAGCCGCUCAGAGUGGAGUGGGUCUUGCUCGAGCACACUUUGAGAAGCAGCCUCCUUCAAAUCUUCGCAAAUCCAACUUCUUCCACUUCGUUUUAGCGCUAUACGACAGACAAGGACAACCCGUGGAAAUUGAAAGAACUACUUUUGUUGGAUUUAUUGAAAAAGAAAAGGAAUCUACCGGAGAAAAGACCAACAAUGGGAUCCAUUACAGAUUGCAGCUUCUUUACAGCAACGGCAUCAGAACAGAACAGGACUUUUAUGUACGCCUGAUUGACUCCAUGACCAAACAGGUAGGACGUUAUUUCAAAAUCCCCACGGUUCGCUGGUGA